AUGGCUUCCAUGGUCUCACGUUACACCGCCUCACCCCAGCUCCGUCCGCACGCACUUUCAAUCGUCGCGCGCGACGACUGUCCUUCCGCCGCCCACGCUCUCCCCCUCCGGCCGCGUUCAAUCACUACCCUCCUGUCGCGACGGUCCCUUCUGAAGCACUUGCUCAAUCUCCUUGAGCGGAGAACAUUACUCACCCCCCUCGCUCGGCCACGCGAUUUCCCUCUCGUCGCCCACGCUCACUCCUCCCCGCCGCCCACGCUCUCCCCUCAUCCGAAACCCACGCUCACUUCCCUCCGUCGCCCACGCUCACCACCUGCCCCUCGCCUUCUCUCAUUCCCCUCCGUCGCCUAUGCUCCCUCCCCAUCCCUUCCCUCCCCAUCCCCGCCUCCCCAUCCCUUCCCUCCCCAUCCCUUCCCUCCCCAUCCCUUCCCUCCCCAUCCCCGCCUCCCCAUCCGUUCCCUCAGUUGCUUGACCUCCCAGUCUCUCAUCUUACCAUACCUCUUCUCCCCAUCCCUCACCUCCCCAUCCCUCAACUCCCCAUCCCUCACCUCCCCAUCCCCCAUUUCCCCAUCCCUCAUCUCCCCAUCCCUUCCCUCCCCAUCCCUCACCUCCCCAUCCCUCACCUCCCCAUCCGUCAUCUCCCCAUCCCUCAUCUCCCCAUCCCCCAUCUCCCCUUCCCUCCUCUCCCCAUCCCCCAUCUCCCCAUCCCUAAUCUCCCCAUCCCUCAUCUCCCCAUCCCGCAUCUCCCCAUCCCUCUUCUCCCCAUCCCCCAUCUCCCCUUCCCCAUCUCCCCAAUCUGCCCCACCCCAUUCCGCCCCACCCCUUUCUGCCAUGCCCUCUAACUUCCCAUCCCCUUUUCCUCGUUUCUCCAUCCCUCCCUCCCGCCCUGUCCUAUCCCCUCCUCCCGCCCUGUCCUAUCCCCUCACCCCACCCUGUCCUAUCCCCUCACCCCACCCUGUCCACACCCCAUCUCCUCCACACCCCAUCCCCUCCACACCCCAUCUCCUCCUCACCCCAUCUCCUCCUCACCCCAUCUCCACCACACCCAAUCUCCUCCACACCCCAUCUCCUCCUCACCCCGUCUCCUCCUCACCCCAUCUCUUCCUCACCCCAUCUCUUCCUCACCCCAUCUCUUCCUCACCCCAUCUCUUCCUCACCCCAUCUCUUCCUCACCCCAUCUCUUCCUCACCCCGUCUCUUCCUCACCCCGUCUCUUCCUCACCCCAUCUCUUCCUCACCCCAUCUCUUCCUCACCCCAUCUCUUCCUCACCCCAUCUCUUCCUCACCCCAUCUCUUCCUCACCCCAUCUCCUCCUCACCCCAUCUCUUCCUCACCCCAUCUCUUCCUCACCCCAUCUCUUCCUCACCCCAUCUCUUCCUCACCCCAUCUCUUCCUCACCCCGUCUCUUCCUCACCCCGUCUCUUACUCACCCCAUCUCUUCCUCACCCCAUCUCUUCCUCACCCCAUCUCUUCCUCACCCCGUCUCUUCCUCACCCCGUCUCUUCCUCACCCCAUCUCUUCCUCACCCCGUCUCUUCCUCACCCCAUCUCUUCCUCACCCCAUCUCUUCCUCACCCCAUCUCUUCCUCACCCCAUCUCUUCCUCACCCCAUCUCUUCCUCACCCCAUCUCCUCCUCACCCCAUCUCUUCCUCACCCCAUCUCUUCCUCACCCCAUCUCUUCCUCACCCCAUCUCUUCCUCACCCCAUCUCUUCCUCACCCCGUCUCUUCCUCACCCCGUCUCUUACUCACCCCAUCUCUUCCUCACCCCAUCUCUUCCUCACCCCAUCUCUUCCUCACCCCGUCUCUUCCUCACCCCGUCUCUUCCUCACCCCAUCUCUUCCUCACCCCGUCUCUUCCUCACCCCAUCUCUUCCUCACCCCAUCUCUUCCUCACCCCAUCUCUUCCUCACCCCAUCUCUUCCUCACCCCAUCUCUUCCUCACCCCGUCUCUUCCUCACCCCGUCUCUUCCUCACCCCAUCUCUUCCUCACCCCAUCUCUUCCUCACCCCAUCUCUUCCUCACCCCAUCUCUUCCUCACCCCAUCUCUUCCUCACCCCAUCUCUUCCUCACCCCAUCUCUUCCUCACCCCUCACCCCUUGUGCUUUUCUGCACCAAGGAGCUGCUUGGAGCGCGGUGGACAGAUGGCGGCGGGCAGGGUAGCGCAGCAGAGGCGGACGUGGUGCUGCUGGAGUCCCUUCCCCCCCUCCUCCUCUCUCCCUCCCUGCAUCCCUCACAUUACCUGCAUCCUCCCUCCCUCCCUGCAUCCAUCCCUCGCUGCGUCUGCUCCUCCCUUCCUCCUCCUUACGUCCCUUCCUCGGUUCUUCCCUCCCUAUGUUCCUCCCUUCGACUGGUCGUCUUUCUGUUUGUCUCCUACCAUAAUAAUAAUCCACAAGUGUCUCUUUUUUUCUUCCUCUUUGCAGGUUCUUGCUUGUCAGUUGUCAUUCUUUUGAAUGCUCACCGGCUGCUUCAGCCAUGA